CACGAUGAUUCGCUUCAUACUGAUACAGAACCGUGCCGGCAAGACGCGGCUCGCCAAAUGGUACAUGAACUUCGACGAUGACGAAAAGCAGAAGCUGAUCGAGGAGGUGCACGCCGUGGUGACGGUGCGCGACGCCAAACACACAAACUUUGUCGAGUUCCGGAACUUUAAGAUCGUGUACCGCCGGUACGCCGGGCUGUACUUUUGCAUCUGCGUCGAUGUGAACGACAACAACCUGUGCUACCUGGAGGCGAUCCACAACUUUGUCGAGGUGCUGAACGAGUACUUCCACAACGUGUGCGAGCUCGAUUUGGUGUUCAACUUCUACAAGGUGUACACGGUCGUGGACGAGAUGUUUUUGGCGGGAGAAAUCCGCGAAACGUCCCAGACGAAAGUACUCAAACAGCUGCUGACGCUCAACUCGUUGGAAUAGGCGUACCACCUGUGUGCGCGUGUGU